AUGUUUUCGUACUCUAGUGCAGCUACACUCUCGGCGCAGACGGAUGGAAGUACCAUCACAUCGUUUGUCCCUCUCACCACAGUAUAUACGUUCCCAAGUUCAUGUUCAACAAAAUACCGCCUGGAUGGACCGAGUCUCAUGGCGUUCGACCCGGCCUACGGAAUGGACGUGCAAACGGGAGUAGUCUGUGUUCCUCCAGCCCAAACCACAUGGUGGGAAAGCGAAGUGGUCACUGGUACUGGCGACUAUACAAGAAAAGAGCAUUGGGCCCAUCGAGUGCCCUUCAGAUUGGUCGACGCUCGCGACUUCCAUCAAGGACUCUACCAGCACCGCUGUGAUGUGCUGUCCCUCCUACUGCUCAUGCGAGGCUUAAUUGAGGGCCACUGA